AUGACUGUCACUUACUCCAGUAAAGUAGCAAAUGCCACCUUUUUUGGAUUUCAUAGGUUGCUCCUCAAGUGGAGAGGCAGCAUCUACAAGCUCCUAUACAGGGAAUUUGUUGUUUUUGCCCUUCUUUACACAGCAAUCAGUUUGGUGUACAGAUUGUUACUUACAGGAGCCCAAAAACGUUACUUUGAAAAAUUAUCAAUUUACUGUGACAGAUAUGCUGAACAAAUUCCAGUAACCUUUGUGCUUGGGUUCUAUGUGACUCUGGUAGUAAACCGAUGGUGGAACCAGUUUGUGAAUCUGCCUUGGCCGGACAGGCUCAUGUUCCUCAUCUCCAGCAGUGUCCACGGGAGCGACCAGCAUGGGCGCCUGCUCAGAAGGACGCUGAUGCGCUACGUCAACCUGACCUCCCUGCUCAUCUUCCGCUCGGUGAGCACAGCGGUAUACAAAAGGUUUCCGACCAUGGACCACGUGGUCGAGGCAGGUUUUAUGACAGCAGACGAAAGGAAAUUAUUCGACCACCUCAAAUCACCACAUCUGAAAUACUGGGUCCCCUUCAUUUGGUUUGGGAAUCUUGCCACCAAAGCCCGGAAUGAAGGUAGAAUCAGGGACAGCGUCGACCUUCAAUCAUUGAUGACCGAGAUGAAUCGGUACCGCUCCUGGUGCAGCCUCUUAUUUGGCUAUGACUGGGUUGGCAUUCCGCUGGUUUACACACAGGUUGUCACCCUGGCGGUCUACACGUUCUUCUUCGCGUGCCUCAUUGGAAGGCAGUUCCUGGAUCCCACCAAAGGCUACGCGGGCCAUGACUUAGACCUGUACAUUCCGAUCUUCACCCUCCUCCAGUUCUUCUUCUACGCGGGAUGGCUCAAGGUUGCCGAGCAACUGAUCAACCCCUUUGGAGAAGACGAUGACGAUUUUGAAACAAACUGGUGUAUUGACAGGAACCUGCAGGUCUCCCUCUUAGCUGUGGACGAAAUGCACAUGAGCCUGCCCAAGAUGAAGAAGGAUAUUUAUUGGGAUGAUUCUGCCGCUCGGCCCCCCUACACACUGGCAGCGGCUGAUUAUUGCAUACCCUCAUUUCUGGGCUCAACAAUCCAAAUGGGGCUGUCCGGGUCCGAGUUCCCCGAGGAGGACUGGCUAUGGAACUAUGAGAAGCACGGCCACCGGCGCUCGGUGAUGAGGAGAGUCAAGCGCUUCCUGAGUACCCACGAGCACCCCGGCAGCCCCAGGAGGAGGACUUUCGGCAGGCAGGCCAGCGACAGCUCCAUGUUCUUCCCGCCCAGCCCAGCUCGGGAUCUGUUGGACGUGCCUCCGAGAAAUCCCCACCGAGCCUCUCCUACACGGAAGCAAUCCCACUCCCUAGAGGGCAGCCCUAAACUGCAUUCCAGCAUGGGCGAACUGUCCACCAUCAGGGAGACCAGCCGCACCAGCACUUUGCAAAGCCUGACCCCGCAGUCCAGUGUGAGGGCCUCCCCUACCAAAAUUCCCCAGGUCCCUGAGGUCCUGAUCACAGCGGCUGAAGCACCGGGGUCCUCGUCAGAUAGCCAUGAUCAGGACUCUGCUGCCUCCAUCUUGAGCCUCGAGUUCACUGGGGUGCAACCUAGCAGGACCGAGCAGCAGGAAGACCCCUCAGGGAAGGAGACGCCAUCUGAGGACCGCAAUCCUCAGGCUGUUUCAGCCAGUACUGAAAGAGACUUGUUUACCUUUGAGGAAGAUCCGUGUGAUGACAGAUUCCCCCAAAGGUGGAGCCUUCCAGAGUUACGGGAGUCCAGGCACACCUCCUUGGGAAACUUAGGUCCAGAUCCUGUGAGCCCCGGAACAGCUCUCUUACCUGACACGGGAACAUCCUCAGAGACCAGCGUAAUCCGUCCCAGGGCUAGCUCUGGGGUCUCUCCUGACAUCCUGUUCUUAAUGGAAAACUUGGACACUAAGGAAACAGACAUCCUGGAGUUUAACAACGAGCACCCUGAAGAAUCACCUAAGGGAACACCGCAGCGCCCCAGGACCUGGUUCUAGUUCACCUUCCUCCUCUACACAGCUGUCAGUACCAGCUUGGGGACAGCCCCCAGGAGCUGUUAUUUUUCAGUGUUUAGAAAAAUAACCCUGGGCUGGAGAGAUGGCUCAGCCGUUAAAGGCUAGGCUCACAACCAUAAAUAUAAAGAAAAAUAAUCCUACUGUACAAGCUUAGAACUCUGAAGGGCAUUAUGGUCCUGCAAAACUCAAACGCAACCACAUUGUCUAACGCAAAGGGGCUUUCACGGAAGUUGUAUGGCCCAAAAUGAAUUAUCAUAACCAAAUAUGGGAUCUCAUAUAAAUGUUCAUGGCUUAUAUAUCCAUACAUGAUUGAGCUUUGGACAGGACCAUACAGAUCAUAGUCUAAUCUCCUAGAAGCAAAGGCCCAGACACAAAGGGUCCCAUUUCUUUCCUGGUUCCAUCCCAUACCUCUCUUUCUUUAGCUACAGAGACAAGGCUAGACCAUGCCAUGCCCAGAGACCCUUUCUGCUUAGAGCUGUUCAACUGAAGCUUCCUGCCCACCCAACCACACUUUCUGUAACUAUUGUUACCAUCUUUCCUGAGCUCCUAUACAUCCUCAGCAUCAGAAAGUUCUGUCUCUCUUUCAUUACUAUUUUUAUUGUCUUCAUUUUUCUCUCUUCAUCUUUUUUCUCUGCCAUCUUUCUUCUGCCCUUUUCCUUAGUCUAGCUCCUCCAGUGACUCUAAUCUGUCCCUCUUUCCAGGUUAUAUAAAUUUUCUCUUUUCAACUCUGUUGCUUACUUGCUGUCACAGUGUUCAAACUACGAGACACUGGUAAAGCCCGGUACAGGAAUCGAACGCAUCCCAGCCUUGCAGAAAGAGGUGCGUGUGUGCCGAUGGUAUCCACCAUCUCAAACCUGCUGCUUCUGCUCUUCCAUCUUGGAUACUGGAGAAGACUGAGUCCAAGAGGAUCUGAAAUCCGCAUAGCCUACUGCUACAUCCCCAAAGGAUGACACGGUUUCAUUCUAUUGAACUCACACACAGUCUUAAGCAAAAACAUCCCAAUUGUGCCACAGCAUGGGACCAGUUACUGAGUCUGCUGGGUUGUUUUAUAUGACGUAGGAUAUUAAGCUGGGUGGACUACAGGGUCCAUGGCUGCGUGAUGACAACAGACUGUUGCCAGCUUCCUUUUCAGAAGUUCUUACGUUUUGUUUUGCAAGCUCCCGGCUUUGAAAAGUGUGGCUUUUCUGGGUGCCAUCUUACCCAUGUGUCAUAUAAUGGAACUUGACGUGUGGCUUGGUUGGCUGUCUCAAUGCUCCACGCAGCCGUAUCUGAAGUUCACAUGUGAGUUUCCAAUCCUUGAAGGAUUCCCAUGGGACCGACAUACCCUUAGCCCCAUUUUAAAGAUGAAAAUAGAAGCAAUGGAGAACUCAUUUUCCCGAACCCACAUAGCUGGGCUCACACUUCCUCGCCACGCCACUGUAAGACCCUGAAUCUGCUAGCGAUUUGCCCCCAAAUUCUAGAGGACGCUCCAAGGUGGCUGGCUAGUCACGGGUUUGUGCCAAACCUCUUCAGCCUCGGAACCUAUCUGAAUCCUCCCUGCCCCAAACAGUUUCCAGUCACAGAGGAGAGAAGAGCUUUCUGUCGUUGAGCCCUUGCCACGGUUCUCCCCUUUCCCUGUGAAAGCUGGCGGGAGCCUCUUUUUUUCUUCCCUCACCUUGGAGUCCUGGUGUGUUGGGUUAUAGUGACAUUAACACAAGAGCUCAAUUCUCAGCAGGGGCUUUUCUUCAAGGACUAAAAUGGUUUGCGAUUAGAAGACGUGCUGUAGGUGAAUGGUUCUCUAUGUUGGCCCAUACUGUUAGCGCCCAAGAAAGGACUGUAAUCCCCAAACCAUCACGGACAGACAGACAGACAGACACAAGCCCCAUGGUGUUUCUAAAAGACCAGAGUCCCAACCUUUCCCCAGUCACCAUUGUCUUCAGACACUUUUCUUGAGUGCUUCAAUAUAAAUCCCUCCAUUGGCUUCUUUGGCUCUGUUUGCUCACGUAUAAAUAAGUUUCUACUUAGCUAUCUUUGAAGAAUAAUCAGUCUUUAUCCUUAAAUCCUCAGUUGUCAACUCUACACAGAAGAAUAGUUUUAUGGAGAAACGGGACGGUGUUCAUUUAUCUAUUCCUGUGCAUCUCUUAUCCACUCUCAUUCCAGAGAAUUUUCUGUUAUUCAAUAUUUUUUCAAAUUUUGGGAUGGCCUCCCAUUUUUCUCCUCACGCUGAAAACUGAAUUAUGACUUGCUCAAAGAGCCCAAAGGAGGAGAUUUUCCAUUCUAGAAUGAGUCUUUAUCCUGCAUGGCCAAGGCUGCAAAAAUAAAAGGAUUUAUUCUCUUGUG